AUGAGCCAAUUCUUCAAACGCAUUGUGGCACGCAAGCCAUUGCAUACUAUUACUGCCGAAAUUGGUCACUCGGACUACAAACGUGCACUAACUGCAUUUGAUUUGACUAUGCUGGGUGUCGGAGCAAUCAUGGGUGCUGGCAUCUUUGUGCUUACUGGAAAGGCUGCACGCCAAAAUGCUGGCCCGGCCAUUACCAUUUCUUUUCUCAUUUCCGGCUUUGUAUGUGCUUUAACCUGUAUGUGCUAUGCUGAGCUUGGUUCGACUCUGCCAGUAUCUGGUUCCGCAUAUUCGUUCACGUAUGUUGCAUUGGGUGAAGUUCUUGCCUGGAUCGUUGGCUGGGACUUGAUUUUAGAAUACUUGGUUGGUGCUGCCCUUGUCGCUGUUGGAUGGAGUGUUUAUCUCGACAUUUUCAUUGCCGGCUUUUUUGGAAAAGAGCGGGUUUUCGAUCCCCGUUUUGCACAAGCACCCGUUGUUUGGUACGAGGCCAACGAAAUUCCCGGUAAAGGUGCUGGCUUCUACAUGAACGUUGUCGAGUGCCUUGAUGGAUCCCAGUGCCAGACUUUUGUCAAUAUUCCUGCAAUGUUGAUUAUUCUGCUCAUGAUAGUACUGCUUUGCCAUGGAGUCAAGGAGAGCACUUGGAUUAAUAACAUUCUUGUGUUCAUGAAACUGACCGUCUGCGCCGUGUUUGUUCUUACUGGAAUCAAAUUUAUCAACCCUGCCAACUACUCUCCCUACGUUCCACCCGAGACUAGUCACGGCCAUUAUGGUUUCAGUGGUAUUUUCCAAGGAUCUGUUGCUGUGUUUGCUGCCUAUUUAGGGUUUGAUGCUGUUACAACCACUGCACAGGAAGCUGCCAACCCGCAACGUGAUUUGCCCAUUGGUAUCAUUGCAUCUCUUGUAAUUUGCACUGGGUUUUAUAUUGCAGUGUCUACAGUUCUUACUGGCAUGGUUCAUUACUCGGAAAUUAAUAUGGCUGCACCCGUUGGUCAGGCUCUUAUUGAUGUCGGUCUCCCCGUUCUUGCUGUCAUUGUUUCAUUUGGUGUCAUUUGUGGUCUUACCUCGGUCAUGCUGGUCAUUUUGAUUGCCCAGCCUCGUGUAUUUUAUGCCAUGUCCAAAGAUGGUCUCCUUCCCGCUCUUUUCAAUAAAAUGAAUCCCAAGACAGGAACACCCGUGGCAUCCACCAUCAUUUCUGGUGCAUUCUGCGCGCUCUUGGCUGGCUUUCUUCCUGUAGAUCUUCUUGGUAAUCUGAAUUCUGUAGGCACACUUUCUGCCUUUUUCAUUGUUGCUGUCUCUACCUUUGUUUUGCGCAUCACCGAGCCUGAUCUUCCUCGCAAAUUUGAGAUUCCUGGUGGAAAAUACAUUGGCGGUAUGCUUGUCCCGCUUCUUUCGGCAAUUAUCUCGGCAGGUCUCUUUUCUCAAGCUUCGAUGGCAUCCAUGGCACGUGUGUUCAUCUGGAUGGGUAUUGGUCUUGUUGUGUACUUUUGCUAUGGAUACAGAAACUCUGUAGUCGGCAAAAGGAUGUCUGGAAAAAUAUUUUUGGAUGAUUUUACACAUUCCAAAUCUGUUGUAUUCAAAUCGUAG